GCGGCAGCAAAACAAAUUUUCAGUAUCGGUUGUCAAAGUUUGAGGUUAAUAAUGUUUUCGUGGAUUAUUUUUAGUAAAUAAAUGUUAAUUUCAUAAUUAAAAAAACGCAGAAUUCAGAGUUAAUAAUUCUUUACAUUCCAGUUAUAUUAAAAUGAAAUUUCGUUUUUGCGGGGAUGCCGAUUGCCCUGAUUGGGUAUUGGCAGAAAUAAAUACUUUAUCAAGAUUAUCCUCAGUUAAAGUAAAAUUAUUAAGUCAAGUCGUAGCCAUGGGCUUAAUAAAUCCACCCUUCGAUAUGGAAAAAGCUGAAAAAUUGUUUGCAGAUUCUAAAUUAGAUAGCGAUAUCGAUUUAAAAGCAUGCAUUGCCUGCUUAACUUAUAUAAUAACAUCGGCGACUCGAUUUAAUUGCGAUAGCAGCGCUCUUCAUAGCGAAUUACAACAACUUGGUUUACCGCGGGAGCACAGUACUUCUAUAAAACGUGUUACCGAUGAUCAGAUAACCCAUUUAGCAGCCAAAUUUCGUAGUUGCUCCCUUAAAGUAAAUCCAUUGGAAAAUGUGUCUGUUAAUAUCGAUCCCGAAGUAAAAUGUUUGGUGAUGGAUUUGAAGAUUAAUAAUAAAGAAGAAAAAGUAACUUUAAACCCACACACUUUAAAUGUACUUCUUGAAGAGUUAAAAAAAGUUAAAAGCACUAUGGACGAAUUACAAGAAGUGUAUAUGUAAUGUAAUAAAAAAAUUAAUAAUACA